UUUCUUGCUCUAAAACUUCCUCUUCACCAGCAGGUCCUCCCUGUCCCUCUCAGUGCGUCACCAUCAUCCCCACAUUCGGAUGGGAAAAAAAAAAAGAAGUGGGCAGUGCAGGGUUUCAUUUGCAGCCUGAGUUUCUCCCAGCUCCCUCCUUUCCUCCCUGAGCCUGUGGGGCAGCAGCAGCUCCAGCCUUCAUCUACCUGCAGAGCAUCCAGAGYAGCUUUUUCUCCUGACAGGACAGACGCACUGCAGCACGCACCAGCUGACAGGGAAAAUACUUUAAAAAAAAAGAAAAAAACCAAGACAAGAAGUCAGAUCAUCCUGCUUCUGCCGAAAUGCUGCUUAGAGGAACCAGACGUGUGCAGAUACUUCCACUCCUUUGUGCAGUUUGUCAUCUCACGCUAUCCUUUCCUGUCCAAACUCCACCUGCACACGAGGAAGUUCGCCCACUUCAAGUGAACAUCCCCCACUCAGGUCCAGUUCUCACCCCCCUGGGCAGCUCCAUCUCUAUCCCCUGCUUUGUGUCUCUGUCCUCCUCCUCCUCCUCCUCCUCUCCGGUGGUACCUCGGAUAAAGUGGACAGUGGUGUCCGGUGGGGUGGAGACGCAGAUCUUGGUGGCACGAGAUCAGAGGGUGAAGCUCAACGAUGCGUACCAAGAUCGGGCCUCGCUGUUCAACUACACCUACUCUCCUGACGACGCGUCGCUGUGGCUGGGGGAUUUGCGCCACAGUGACUCGGGUUAUUAUCGCUGCGAGGUGCAGCAGGGGCUGGAAGACGCCAGCGACAUCAUACAAGUUAAAGUCAAAGGGGUUGUGUUCCACUACAGAGACACAUUGGGCCGGUAUGCCUUCUCCUUUCAGCAGGCCCAGAAGGCUUGCGGGGCCAUCGGUGCCCAGAUUGCAACUCCUGACCAGCUGCUCGCUGCUUAUUAUGAUGGAUAUGAGCAGUGUGACGCAGGCUGGCUGGCAGACCAAUCUGUCAGGUAUCCAAUCCAAGUCCCUAGAGAAGGCUGUUACGGAGACAUGGAUGGGCAACCAGGAGUGAGGAACUAUGGGACAAUGGAUCCCAAGGAUCUAUAUGAUGUUUAUUGCUACAUAGAACAAAUUGAUGGGGAGGUGUUCCAUGAUUUCAUCCCACAGCAGUUAUCGUUUGAUGAAGCACGGUCAUACUGUGAAGCUGCAGAGGCAGAGCUGGCAACAACAGCACAGUUGUAUUUUGCAUGGAGCGAAGGCUUGGACCGCUGCAGUCCUGGCUGGCUUGCUGACGGCAGCGUGCGCUAUCCCAUCGUGACCCCCAGAGAGAGAUGCGGUGGUCCUCAGGCAGGCGUCAAGACUCUGUACCGCUUCAGCAACCAGACUGGUUUCCCGGAACCUUUCAGGCUUUAUGACGUUUAUUGCUUCAAAGAAAAAAGGAAAACUUCGAGUGACUCUCCAGUUGACAGUGUGUUCACAGAAGCAGAAGAAGCUGAACAAAACAUUAUUUUUUUCACGGAAAAAGAUCAACAAAUCCAGCUUAAUCAACAAGCAGAACAGGUGGAGCGAGAGGUGCAAAGCGUGCUUGAAUCUUUGCCUGUUUUGUCCAGCCCUUUUACUGUAGAAACCCUGGCUGAAACACACCCAACAGUUACACCAGACAUUGCAGAAUCCUCCCCGAGCACAUCUGCUCUGGACCUCAUUCAACUGAUUAAUGAAACCUCAGAAACGAGCUUGGACUCUGAGCAUCCUACAGAAGUCAUGAACACUACCAUCAGCGAAACCGAACCCUACAAUUCAACCCAGAGCACAUCAUUUUCACUCGGUGUUUACAACCAAACAGAUUUACAAUCAAACUUAAGCUUCACCUUUCUCCAGUCUGAGAUUGAGAGGACCACAUACAAACCUCACACUGAGAACCAGACAGGGCCAGGCGUUCAUUUUCAGGAGACCACAUUUCUACCUGGGACGCACAGAGGAUUACAAAACACUAGUUUAAGUUUCGAAAGAUUACACACCAAUUACAGCGACACAGAGCGCAAAUACACUCAAGAGGAAAGCUUCUGGGAGGCAACUGCUGCGACAGUUGACUCGUCACUUCAGGUGAAGCUGGAAGAGGCGGCAGUAGUAGAUCUGGAACAUAUGUCACUGUCAACUCAGGCACCUCAAGAAACUCAUUCAACUGAUGUGACUCAAACGACUGAAUCGGCUAUUGGGACUUUAACCUCACUGUGGGACAAGGAUGGAUCUGGAGAUGUUUCUCAGGAGAAAGAUGUCAAAGUAGAAGUCACUACGUCACAUUCUGCUACGGAUGGCUUCACCAUGCACCCAUUUGCUUCAGCUAGCAGAAGACCCAUCAAACAGACCAUACCUCCAGAUGUUACCUUCUCACCUGAGUCGCACUAUGUAGACACAGCAAGCUCAGAAAUCUUCUUCACAUCACCACACCUGUGGGAGUCCUCUGUUUCCAGACAAGAGGGAAGCACAAGCUUAGAAACUGGAGACAUGGAAGCUGAGGAAAUGCAGACUCAAACAACCCAGUCACUAAAAUGGGUUGUUUCUAAAGUAAGUUCGACUACCACUGAGACUCCRGAGGGACUGAAUACAUCUCAGUCACCUUCUGAAUUUGCAACAACACAGAAUCAGACAUCUGGAUACAUAUUAUACUUUGAUUCUAGCAGUUCUGCUGAAGAUGUAAGUGGAUAUGAACCUAGAACAGACAAUUCCUCUUUUCAAGAAAAUAAUAAAUUUGUUUUAGCCCCUGAAGAACAAACAACAGCUUCACCAACUUAUGAAGAGGAAGCAAAUGUUUCCAUUUUCAUGGAAGAUGUUAAAGUUGCCUCUACCAGUGUUCCUGAUGAAGCAAAAGUCAUCACAACCAUUUUUCUUAAGGAAGAAGAAACCAAUGGUACCCUGGCAACUGAUACAGAAACAAAGGUUGCCUCAACCAUGACUCCUGGAGAAGGAGCUAAAGCUGUCCCAACCAAAGUUGUCCCAACUCUUGAGGGAGCUCCUUCCUUCACUGACCUUGAAGAUGAUGUCAGUGUUGUUCCAAAAGUUGCCCCAACCCAUGUUUUUGAUGAAACAGCAAAAAUUGUCCCAACUCUUGAAGAAGAUACCAAAGCUCCUUCUUUCUUUGACCUUAAAGAUGAAGUUAGUGUUGCCCCAAUCAGUGAAGAAAAAGUCAGUGUUGUUCCAACCCAUGUACUUGAGGAAGAAGCUAAAGUUGUCCCAACCCUUGUUUUUGAGAAAACAGCAAAAGUUGCCCCAUCUAUCAAAGAAGAAGCCAAAGUUCUCUCAUCCCUAGUUGAAGAAGAAGCCGGUGCCCCAACUAUUAAAGAUGUCAAAUUUGCUCCAACUCCUUUCCUCAAAAACGACACAGAAGUUGUCCCAACUGUUGUCCCUGAAGAAGUCAAAGUUGCCCCAACCAUUGUCCUCAAAGAAAUAGCUAAAGUUGACCCAACUCUUGAAGAAGCCAAAGUUCUCUCAUCCCUCAAUGAAGAGGAAGGCAGCGUUGCACCAGUUAUUAAAGAUGUUAAAGUUGCCCCAACCAUUGUCCUCAAAGAAACAGUUGACCCAACUUUUGAAGAAGCCAAAGUUCUCUCAUCCCUUGAUGAAGAGGAAGCCAGUGUUGCACCAGUUAUUAAAGAUGUUAAAGUUGUUCCAACUCUUGUCUUCAAAGAAGAUACUGAAGUUGUCCCAAAUGUUGUCUUCGAAGACAUCAAAAUUGCCCCAACUUUUGUCUUUAAGGAAACAGCUAAAGUUGACCCAACUCUUGACUCUCAGAAAGCUGAAAUUCCCUCAACUCAUGACCUUGAGGAAGAAGCAAGUGCUGCACCAACCAUGGAAGAAGAGGUCAAGGUUGUGCCAACUUUUGUCCUCAAAGAAUAUACUGAAGUUGUCCCAACUGUUGUCCUUGAAGAAGCUAAAAUUGCCCCAACUAUUGUCCUUGAGGAAACAGCUAAAGUUGAUCCAACUCUUGACCUUCAGGAAGCUAAACGUCCCUCAACUUAUGACCUUGAGGAAGAAGCUAGUACUGCACCAACCACRGAAGAAGAGGUCAAGAUUGUGCCAACUUUUGUCCUCAAAGAAGAUACUGAAGUUGUUCCUACCAUAGUCCUCGAGGAAACAGCUAAAGUUGACCCAACUAUUGACCCUCAGGAAGACAAACUUCCCUCAACUCAUGACCUUGAGGAAGAAGCUAGCGCUGCACCAACCAUGGAAGAAGAGGUCAAAGUCUUUUCAACGUUUGUCAUUGAAGAAGUUAAAGUUGCACCAACCCAUUCCCUUGAAGAAAAUGAAUAUGUACAUGUUGCUACUGACCAUGUCACUGACAAAGAAGCCAAAGUUACCCCAGCCUUUGUGACUGAAAACAUUAAGAUUGCUCCAAUCUCUGAUCUUGAAGAGGAAACUAAAGUUGUGCCAACCUACGCUGACUUUACCAUCUCCCCUCUCAGUUCUCAAACCUCUAAAUGGACUUUGCUGACCACCCCAACUGAACCUCAAGAGUCUCUAAUUGAUGUUGGGUUCCAUCAGAGACCCUCAGCCAAAGAGGUUUCAGAUUUGCUGACAGUUCAUUUAAGCACAAAACCCACUGCUGCUGCCGCAAAGACAGUCUCCUCCACCAUAACCACAACCACUCACCAAUCCCGACACAUCUGGAGCCCAACCACCGCCAGACCCAAGAGCAUCCAUGAGACGAUUGAGUUACAGAAGGUGACUCAUGUCAUACCGCCUGUGGAUCAUGGUUUGGUUGAGCUUGAGCUUGGCCUCACUAAGCCGCCCACCCUGCUUAUCCUGCCCAAUGAGAGGGCAGCUGUAGGUGGUGCAGGGAAGUAUUCAGAUGUCUGUCUGGAUGACCCCUGUCUGAAUGGAGGCACCUGCACCGAGCAGGACGGACAGAUCAGGUGUCUCUGUUUGCCAACAUAUGGAGGAGUCUUCUGUCAGACGGACUUGGAGCGGUGUGACCCGGGCUGGGACAAGUUUCACGGUUUUUGCUAUCGACACUUCAGCCAGCGUCAGAGCUGGGAGGUGGCCGAGCAGCACUGCCGCAUGCAAGGAGCUCACCUGGUGUCCAUCAUGAGCCCCGAGGAGCAGGACUACAUCAACAGUAACUAUAAGGAAUACCAAUGGACCGGUUUGAAUGAUAAAACCAUUGAGGAUGAUUUCCGCUGGUCAGAUGGGAACCCACUGCUGUAUGAGAACUGGUACCGAGGGCAGCCUGACAGCUACUUCCUGUCUGGAGAAGACUGUGUGGUGAUGGUGUGGCAUGACAGCGGACGCUGGAGCGACGUCCCCUGCAACUAUCACCUGGCAUACACCUGCAAGAAAGGCACCUCCUCCUGUGGGCCACCACCAAAGCUACCAAAUGCUUCCAUCUUUGGGAAGCCUCGGCACAGGUACGAGACGGGUGCAGUCGUGCGUUACCGCUGCACAAAGGGCUUCCAGCAGAGACUAAACCCUCUGAUAAAGUGUCUAUCUGGAGGCCAAUGGCAGAGACCACAGAUCCGCUGCACCCCUGAGGCUGGAGGAAUGAUGCAGCAUCCUGACGAGUUGUCGCUGAUCGACAGCAACUUUGCAGCUGCUGAAAAUGAGCUGGAAGCCACUAAAGAGACGCCACAAUACUGGGACAUCAAGUUUUAAACAUCUGCUGUGUUUUUUGUCUUAUUUUUUACAAUUUAGCAACGUGGUAAUAUGUACUUUAAACGGGACAAAAUGAACCACAGAUCCAAAAGGACCCAAAAUAAAACAUGUUUCAGUCAUGUUAAACAUUCCUAUUUAGUCCAUGUGGAGAUUUAUUACAAUGACUUAAUAGAAGGUAUGACUUGUUAGACUCCGAUGGCCUGCAGGAAAAACAUUUUUGAACUCUGAAUUGUGAAUUGUUCUUAUUAACGUUUUAUAUUGUGCUUUUUGUUUCAAAAGCCUUGAUCAAAAUGGUGCUAAAGUCUUCCAGACACAUUUUACGCGAUAGAAGUUUGUGGGUUUUUUUUUAUUGUUCCUGCUUCAGUUAAGAAUCGUUUGACUCCAAAGUGCAAGGAGAACUUUAUUAAACAAAUGAUAAAUAAAAUGUUUGUACAUAUGUUGGUUUUCAGACCUGAGGUCCACAAUUUUCUGAGAGAAAACUCUGUUGUCAAGCAGACACUGUUUUGUUCGUUGGCUUUAUGUUGUAAUAAAGUUUUGUAGAACAGAACAAAGAAUAAAUCAUUUCCAUAAUUUC